GGGCGCGUUACAGCCGCGCCGCUGUGGGAGUGGGAGUCCCCUGCGCCCACCGCCAUGCUGCCUGCCCUGCGCCCGCCGCCGUCGGCGGCCUCCGCCGUGCCCUACACCUACUGCAGCCCUCCCCGCGCCGUGCCCGCCCGCCCUAAGUACCGAGCACCGCUGGAGGCCGACGAGCCGCAGAAGGAGCCCGCUCGCUGGGCCAACCUGAUGUACGACAGGAGGGUGGUGCGCGGCAACACGUAUGCCCGUCAGGCCGUGCCGACGUGUAUCCAUCAUCCUAAUGCAUUUGAGAUUCAGAGGCAGAGAGAAGCACGGAGGAAAGCAUUGGCUAGAAAGAGAGCAGAAGAGCAAAUACAGCUAAGAACUCCUGAGCCUGUGGAAGGCAGAGAGCACGUUCAUGUGCAGACAGAGCUGUAUCUGGAAGAGAUAAGUGACCGGAUAAUAGAAGUUGACGUGGAGUGUCAAACAGAUGCAUUUUUGGACAGACCUCCCACUCCUUUCUUCGUGCCAGCCAAAACGGGAAGAGAUGUAGCCACGCAAAUAGAAGAAGGAGAGCUCUUUGACUUUGACAUUGAAGUCAAGCCAAUCUUGGAAGUGCUGGUUGGGAAAACCAUUGAGCAAGCUUUGCUGGAAGUCAUGGAGGAAGAAGAGCUGGCCAAGCUGUUGGCACAUCAGCGUGCCUAUGCAGAACUGCGCAAUGCAGAGCUGGCUGAGGUCCAGCGCCUGGAAGAACAAGACCGGCGAUACAGAGAGGAGAAGGAACGUUGCAAACAGCAGCAGAUGGAAAUGCUGCAGAAGGAGAAAGAGACCAUGGAGAAAAUUGCAGCCCAGGCAUUUGCUAAGCGUUACUUGACUGAUCUUAUUCCCUCAGUCUUCAACAAUCUUCACGAGAGUGGGUUUUUCUAUGAUCCUAUAGAAAGAGACAUUGAGACAGAGUUCCUGCCCUGGCUGAUGACAGAAGUGGAAGAAACACUAGAAAAGAAGACUCUGGGAAGGGUGAUGCUAGACUCAUUGAUUCGUACAGUGACUGAAAAACGCUUAGAUGUGUUUAGCCAAAAACCUCUGCCUGAUCAGGUAGAGGCACCUGCUGAGGAGCACAGGCCUACAGACAAUGCGCCACAGGUAGCUGCAGAGACAGAAGCUGCUGACCAAGCAGUAACAGCAGAUGAAGAGACUGACCAACCUGCUGCUGAGGAUCAGGCUUCGCAUCACAUCACUUUCCAGUCAGAGGAAGCCAAUCAAGAAGCAAUGGAGGACUCGGAAACUGACUAGCAAGCAGAAAGUUAAGCAUUCAUUUUGCAUAUGGAGAAAUGUCAUUUCUUGAGAACGACCAACAGUCUGGCAGAAUGGAGGAGCUUUGUUCACCAGCCUUUAUUUUUGGAUGUCAACACCUGCUUUAAGUCUUCACCUUUUUGUCUUUUAUUAAAAAGCAAUGCCUUUCAUAUUAGGUACCUGAAUCCACAAAUAUUUGCACUUAGCCAGAAUUCAGAAGUGAGUGAAAACUGUGACAGAGAUACUACCAUCUCCACAACUGACAGGUCUCUUGUCUCUCCUAUCCCUUUUUUCAUAUUUGAACAACCAUCACUCACUCAUCUUCAACAGCUACCUUGAUUCUAUCUACCAAAAGACUAUAGUAGUUUUCAGGCUAAGGGACGUGAGAAAAAGAGGAGAGCUGGCUAUGUGAACACAUGAGCCUUCUAGCUGAUAUGCACAUUUCUUUAUCAAACCCCAAGAGCUGGACCAUGCACAAAUUCUUGAGCAAGAUGCUCAGGAUUGUUUCUUCUCAAUCCCAUUCUGGUAGAAGAAUUGCUGUAGAGGCUCCACCCAUCCUUCUGUGGUAAUCGUGCAGACCUAAUUCAGACAUAAGUGUUUUUUGCCAGUAUAUUCUCAUCUUCCUUUUGAGCAUACCCUUUUUCUGUUGUUCCAGACUUCCCUCUUCUAACAGGUUUUCAGAAUUGUACUGUAGUAUGCUCAAUGUGUAUGUCUUAAGCCCAGUUCUCAUUUUAAUGUAUAGUUACAAUAGUUCUGUAACAUGUGGGCAUGCUAUUUGGGAGAAGAAAUUGAUAGUGCUAAGGACGUGGUGAUGGAUUCUACCUUGAAUUACAGAGGGUGGAAGAGAACUUUGGGGUGCUGAGAACUUAAAAACCUUUACACAGAGAGGAUGUAAGAUGGAUGGGACUGAUAGCAGCCCUAGGGCAGACUGAGGAUAGCUAUUUGAAGGUGGGAAGAAGCUCAAGUUCUGGGAUGGAGCUUCUCUUUUGGUGUUUACAUUAAAAUCAAACAGAGCAAGGAUAGUCACUGCUCUCAGGUAAGCUUCAAGCUGGUUUCCACAGAAAUAGGAAGGUAUCCCAAUGUGAUCAGGGAGUAUCAUGGUUAAGCCUGCUGCAAUAGGUUACAUUUUUUACAGAACCAUAAAGCCAUGAAAUAAAAAUUACAUAAAACUUCUCCAGACACUUCCCUUCCACAUCCCUUCACUCUGAUCUGUGUACCCAGGAGCAGCUGUCACAGCAGGUGAGGUGGCCAGCCCUGUAUCAGGCAGCUUGUGGCCAUCCCCAAGAUCUGCAAUCCUUCUCCCCACUCAGUACCCCAGAAGCACAAUGCCAGGGGUGUGUGAGGGACUCAGGAGGAGACAGAAGGGACAGCACUGCAGGCAUUAGAAGGCAGGACAAGUUCCAGAAUGCAUGGAAAGGCGCCACUCUUACUUGCUCCAAGUUGUUAGUCGCUCUGCAGUGACACCUACCUGGACUUCCCUUUGCACUAAAUCCCAAAAGUGUCAACCUUUACAAACUCACUUGUAUUUAAGUGUGAGGAGCCAGCACUUGAGGUCACCCAACAAAGUCCUCAGGGACAUUGUGGGAUUCUGGACUUUCUAAUUGAUAAGCAGCACAUCUGUGUGGUGGAGCCAGCAUGAGGGCUUUCCCUAGGAACCAUCAGAAACAGGACACAGAGUUCAUUUGUGCAUUGAACUUUAUCCAAAAGAGCAUCUGUAGCUCAGAGGGGCUGAGCACAAUUGCUUUUGAGCACUGGUUCCUCUUCUGACUGCGCCCAGUCUGGCCACAUGUCAGAAAAAGCCCGAACCUUAGCGUUCACAUGCAGAGAGGCUGCUCAUCUUCGUGUGUUUGUGCCAAAAGCUGCUGGUCCCAGUAAGUCUGUAUCCAUGUGGUUUCCAUCUAUUGAUUUCUCUGCAGGGAGCCAAAGCAUUGCUCCGACAACCAGCUCAGCAGUUUAGCUCCAUGUUUACUUCAGCAACUUGCUUGAGAAGUGGGAAAGAUAUGGAGAGUGUCCAUUUGGAAUUCCCCUUGACAUCCUCUUGAUGUGGAUGGACCAAACUGGACUGCAUUUCUCCAUUGCGGCGACAGACUGGGAGCAAUCCAUCGAGACUAAAAUUCACAGCUGUUUUGCUGCUGACAGAAAUCACAGGUUUUGAAGAGCUGGGGAGGGAACAGAUAAAAAAAAUACAGCUGUGAAAGUG